UUGGGUCAGAUUGUAAUCAGGGCCAACGGUUUCUGAUGUGUCGGAAGGUGAAAUAUGGAGGAGUGAGUGAGUGAAAACCUUUUUGGACUUUUUUAUUUUAUUUUCUUUUUAUUCUUUUUCUUUUGGAGAUUUUGAUUCCGUUUUAAUGGCGGUCGGUUCGGUUUCAUGAUUAAUUGAGAGGCUUCUGGUUAAAGCAAAGCGGCUCUUUCAUAGAAAUUGAUGAUUGAUUGAGAGAGAGUGAGCGAAUUCUUUUAGCAAAAUCAUGGCGGAAGUGAGAGGAGCAAACACGUGGCGGGAGGAACUGGCGAGUUUAGUGGAAGACACGGGGAUACUAUACACCGGGGAAGCGGCCACUUUCUCGUCGUUACCGCCAUUUAAUCCGGAAAAAUCGACGGCGAUGGCGGCGGCGGUUUCUGAGACUGAUCAUGAGACGGAGCCGCCUGAGACUUUGAAGGAACAAGUGACGGAAUUUUUGAAAUCGUGGUGCGAGAUGGUUCUUGAACUUGGAAGAGGAUGUAGAGAUAUUUUGCAGCAAACGGUAGUUACGGAAGAUUCGUUUGUGGUACAGAAGCUUGGUGGACCUGUCGCUAGGGUCUCCAGUCGAUUGAGGUUCUUGAAUGAGUUCUUGCCUGAGGAUCGUGAUCCAGUUCAUGCUUGGCCUGUUAUCUUCUUCGUUUUCAUCCUUGCACUUUCAGCUCUAAAUUUGAAUGGUGGACAUGAUGGAUUGGCACCAGCAGUGAAGAAAGUGCUUGUUCAUCCUCCUAGCGCCAGCCGAAUCCAGCUUCCAGACGGUAGACACUUGGCUUAUCGUGAAAUAGGUGUUCCAGCGGAUAAAGCUAGAUUUUCUCUUAUGGCGCCACAUUCUUUUCUUUCAUCCCGACUUGCAGGUAUACCUGGAGUUAAGAUACCACUGCUGGAAGAGUUUGGCGUUCGUUUGGUCAGUUAUGAUCUUCCUGGUUUUGGGGAGAGUGAUCCUCAUCCUAGUCGAAAUUUAAAUUCAUCAGCAUUUGAUAUGCUACAACUAGCUGAUGCUGUUGGGGUCGAUGAUAAGUUCUGGGUGUUGGGCUACUCAGGUGGAAGUAUCCAUGCUUGGGCUGCUCUUAGAUAUGUUCCUCACAGAAUUGCAGGUGCAGCGGUGGUUGCUCCAAUGAUCAAUCCGUAUGAGCCUAGCAUGACUAAGGAAGAAAUGAGAAGUAUUUGGGGAGAGUCAUUACCAAGAAGGAAGCUAAUGUACUACUUAGCUAGAAGAUUGCCAAAACUGCUGUCCUUUUUUUACCGCCGGAGUUUCCUAUCAGGCAAGCAUGGUCGAGUUGAAAAGUUGAUGUCUGUGUCACUUGGAAGGAGGGAUGAGAUUCUGACUGAAGGAGCAACCUUUGAAGACUUCUGGCAUAGAGAUGUGGAGGAGUCAGUCCGUCAGGGGAAUACCAAACCAUUCAUUGAGGAGGCUAUCCUGCAGGUUUCCAAUUGGGGUUUUAGUUUGGCAGAUCUUCAGGUGCAGAGGAAGUGUUACAGAAAUGGAAUUUUCCCUUGGCUCAAGUCCCUGUACAGUCUAGCAGAAUGUGAAUUGGCAGGAUUUCUGGGACCAAUACAUAUAUGGCAGGGGAUGGAUGAUCAAGCUGUUCCACAAGGAAUGAUAGAUCACGUAAGCCGGGUUCUACCAGGAGCCACCAUGCAUAAGCUCCCAAAUGAAGGCCAUUUUUCCUUUUUCUUUUUCUGUGACGAGUGUCAUCGACAGAUAUUCUCUACUCUGUUUGGAAGCCCUCAAGGUCCUCUUGAGCAGGCAACGAAUGGAGGUGAAAUCCUCUCCGAAGGAGAUAUGGAAGAACAAUCAUUAGCUACUGAUUCUACCAACAAAUGAUACACCAUAGAUUUACACAUUUUGAUUAUGCUAUCCCAAUUUUUGUGUAAAUAAACCACAUAUUGCUUCUCAUAGCUCGCGGGAGAACAUUUAGAUGUUUGAAAAUAUUCUGUUACAACUUACAAGCACUUUAGAGGUGAAGCUAAAAGAAAACGUACAAUAGAGAUGAGUUAUACAGGCAAGGAAGCACUGAUUUUAGCGAUUUACCUUACACAACACUAGAAUCAAUGAGUAUUAACUAUGAACAAUUCUUUUUGGUAUUUCCCCAUUUCUAUACUUGAAAUAGUUGACAGCAUUUUAUUGCCAGAAA